AUGUAUAACUUUGGCUGCUCCCAGUACAAGCUGCAAAGCAAUCCGCCUCGCAACUUUGGCGUCGUCAUGUACAACUCGUUCGACCUGCUCGAUAUUUCCGGCUCCGUCGAGCCCCUGUUCCUCCUCUCCUCGCAGCAGCGGCUCAACCUCAGCCUCAUCGCGGAGACGCUCGAGCCCGUGCACAUGCGCCCGGCGCCGGGCGAGAGCUACACGGCGGGCUCCCACUUCCAGCUGUCCAUCAACCCGACGCACACGUUCGCCGACCCGCCGCCCGACAUUGACGUGCUCUUCGUGCCCGGCGGCGGCGGCGAGCGGUUCGGCGACAACUCGGCCGCCGUCGACUUUGUGCGCCGCACGUACCCCAAGGUCCGCUACCUCAUCACCGUGUGCACCGGCGCCGGCGUGGCCGCCCAGGCCGGCGUGCUCGACGGCAAACGCGCCACGACCAACAAGUGGGCGUGGAAGGACGUCGUCUCCAACGGGAACAAUGUGCAGUGGACGUCGCCGGCGCGCUGGGUCGUCGACGGCAACAUCUGGACCGCGUCGGGGGUCGUGUCCGGCAUUGAUGUCAUUUUUGAGUUCAUGGAGACGUUUUAUGGCGAGGAGAUUGUGCGUCUCAUCCAAAACGCAACCGAGCAUAAGCGCACGUAUGACCCGUGCGAUGAUCCUUUUGCAGCCUGGAACAAGGUCCCGCCCAGCGGUGACUGCAGACUGACGCCGUACUUACAUCACGAAUAG